GUGGGCCCCACUAACUCUCAUAGAUAAUCACAAACACAAACACAUCACACCACACCACAACCCACAUUCCCAGAAACAUCCUCAACAACACCCAAACACACCGCUCUCUGUUUCUCCGCACAGAAGCAGAGAAUGCAGUGCGUCACCCUCUUCUCUCUUCUCCUCUCCCUCACCCUUCUCACUCUCACAGAUGGAGGUUCCAUUGGAGUUAACUACGGUCGCAUAGCAAACAACCUUCCCUCUGCAGUAAAGGUGGUGCAGCUUCUGAAAUCGCAGGGGCUGAAGCGGGUAAAAGUGUACGACACGGACCCGGCAGUGCUUCGGGCAUUAUCAGGAUCGGGAAUAAAAGUGACGGUUGAUCUUCCAAACGAGCAACUGUUCGCAGCAGCAAAAGCACCCUCCUUUGCACUCUCAUGGAUCCAAAGAAACGUCGUAGCGUACUACCCGCACACGCAAAUCGAAGCCAUUGCGGUGGGCAACGAGGUUUUCGUGGACACACACAACACCACCAAGUUCCUCGUACCGGCCAUGAAGAACAUCCACCAAGCGCUCGUCAAACACAACCUGGACUCCGACAUUAAGGUUUCCUCCCCCAUUGCCCUAAGCGCGCUCGGAAGUUCAUACCCUUCCUCAGCCGGGUCCUUCCGAGAGGAACUCGUGGGAGCGGUUUUCAAACCCAUGCUGGAGUUUCUCCGCGGAACGGGGUCGUACCUCAUGGUAAACGUGUACCCCUUCUUCGCGUACGAGUCCAACGCUGACGUCAUCUCCUUGGACUACGCACUUUUCCGCGACAACCCGGGCGUGGUGGAUCCGGGUAACGGGUUGCGCUACUAUAACCUGUUCGACGCCCAAAUCGACGCCGUUUUCGCCGCGAUGAGUGCUUUGAAAUACGACGACGUUAAGAUUGUCGUCACGGAAACGGGGUGGCCUUCCAAGGGGGACAGUAACGAGGUUGGCGCCAGCGUGGAGAACGCCGCUGCGUUCAACGGGAAUCUCGUCCGUAAGAUCUUGACGGGUGGCGGGACCCCCCUCAGGCCCAAAGCGGAUCUCACCGUCUAUUUGUUCGCGCUUUUUAAUGAGAAUCAGAAGCCCGGGCCCACUUCCGAGAGGAACUUUGGGCUUUUUUACCCGGACGAGAAAAGGGUUUACAAUGUCCCCUUGACGGUGGAGGAGCUCAAGGACUACCACGACCGUCCCUCGCCGGUCAGCGCCGGCGGACAGAAGCAGCCCGCGCCGGCGCCCGUUGUCAGCGGCGGGGUUUCCAAGAGCACCACCGGGAACACGUGGUGCGUUGCGAACCCGGACGCGGAUAAAGUUAAGCUGCAGGCGGCUCUAGAUUUCGCUUGCGGCGAGGGAGGGGCUGAUUGCCGUCCGAUUCAGCGCGGUGCCACGUGUUAUGAUCCUAACACGGUUGUGGCCCACGCUUCGUUUGCGUUCAACAGUUAUUAUCAGAAGCAAGCGCGCAAGGGUGGUAGCUGCUACUUCGGGGGCACGUCGUACGUGGUCACGCAGGAGCCUAGGUACGGUAACUGCGAAUUUCCUACUGGAUACUAAAAAGCUGAUGACAUAUUCCCGCAUGAGAAUAUACUGCAUCUGGCUGAUUUUGCUUUGUGUAAAGGUGGUGGUGUUUGUGCUAGUGUGAGACUAGGAAGGGGAGCUACAUUACUUGUUGGUUAUUAUUAUUUCUUUUAGUUUGAAGAUUUUUUGGGGGUUCUUGAUUAUGUUUUAGUUAAAUAAUGUUGACUUUUCAUCCAGUUGGUGGGAACUGGUAAUGAAUGGGGUAGGGGUAGCUAAAUCAAAUUAACUUUGGGACUAGAGUAAAUUGUAUCUAAGCUUUCACUUUGCAGUAGACUCCUGAUUCCUGAAGGGGUAUUGUUUCUUCAGGUUUCGUUGCAUUUUAAGCCAAUAGUUUAAGGGAUCUUUUCUUCCUCUA